UAACACCAAACACAUAUCAAAUCACCUCCACUUUCAAGCUUCCCGUUAAUUCUAUCUUUCAGCGCACGUUAGACUCUGGCCAUGGCUGCCUCCACAGCUGCUGCCGCCGCGUCAUCCUUCAUGGGAACGCGCGUACCAGAUAUUUCCACCAACUCAGGUCGUGUUCAAGCUCGGUUCGGAUUUGGCGCCAAGAAGUCCGCACCCAAGAGAUCAAGCAAGCCUACCUCAGACCGGCCUCUGUGGUACCCAGGAGCCAAGGCACCGGAGUGGCUCGACGGUAGCUUAGUGGGAGAUUAUGGGUUUGACCCAUUCGGAUUAGGGAAACCGGCAGAGUAUUUACAGUUCGAGUUGGACUCUUUGGACCAGAACUUGGCUAAGAACUCGGCUGGUGAUAUAAUUGGAACACGCACAGAGGUUGCCGAUGUGAAGUCUACACCGUUCCAGCCAUACAGCGAAGUUUUUGGGUUGCAAAGGUUCAGGGAGUGCGAGCUCAUCCAUGGAAGAUGGGCUAUGUUGGCUACUCUCGGGGCACUCAGUGUUGAGUGGCUCACUGGAGUCACAUGGCAAGACGCUGGAAAGGUGGAGCUAGUUGAAGGGUCAUCUUACCUCGGCCAGCCACUGCCAUUCUCGAUUUCUACAUUGAUCUGGAUCGAGGUUCUGGUGAUUGGCUACAUCGAGUUCCAAAGGAACGGAGAGUUGGACCCAGAGAAGAGGCUGUAUCCUGGAGGGAGUUUCUUUGAUCCACUGGGUCUAGCAGCAGACCCAGAGAAGAAGGCGACUCUUCAGUUGGCAGAGAUCAAGCACGCUCGUCUUGCCAUGGUUGCUUUCUUAGGAUUUGCUGUGCAAGCUGCGGUUACUGGGAAAGGUCCUCUCAACAACUGGGCUACUCACUUGAGCGACCCUCUUCACACAACCAUUAUUGAUAACUUGACAUCUUAAUUAAAAAACCUCCUUGGAUGUUUUUUUUUAGUUGGCUGUAUUAACUAUUAUGUGUGCUUCUUGUAAAGAUUAUCCGACCUUUAAUAGGGGAAAUUCUAUUACUUAAAAGUGCAAAAAGAAAUAAUUAUUAGAAGUUUUAA